UGUGUUGUAUCUGUACGACCGAAGCGCAGCCGUUCGGUGACAGCUGUGUGUUGGUUGUGUGCUCAAUAGGUAACCCCUCUCAGUCCACCUCACUCCACUACAUGAACCCCUACCAGCUGAACGCCUAUGCCAUGGCACUGAAGGCUGUUGGGGAGAUCAUUCAGGAUUAUGACAGUGAUAAGAUGUUUCCCGCUCUCGGCUUCGGAGCCAAACUUCCCCCCGAUGGACGAGUGUCACACGAGUUUCCUCUGAAUGGAAACAUGGAGAAUCCUUACUGCAAUGGUAUAGAAGGCAUCUUGGAAGCCUACCACCAGAGUCUGAAGACGGUACAACUGUAUGGGCCGACCAACUUUGCGCCAGUGGUGAACCAUGUUGCAAGGUGA